AUGAGAGAGGGAGAGGAGAGAGUGGGACGGAAGAGAACGGGAAUGAGAGAGGAGAGAGUGGGUCGGAAGAGAACGGGCAUUAGAGAGGAGAGAGUGGGACGGAAGAGAACGGGAAUGAGAGAGGAGAGAGUGGGUCGGAAGAGAACGGGCAUUAGAGAGGAGAGAGUGGGACGGAAGAGAACGGGAAUGAGAGAGGAGAGAGUGGGUCGGAAGAGAACGGGCAUUAGAGAGGAGAGAGUGGGACGGAAGAGAACGGGAAUGAGAGAGGAGAGAGUGGGUCGGAAGAGAACGGGCAUUAGAGAGGAGAGAGUGGGACGGAAGAGAACGGGAAUGAGAGAGGAGAGAGUGGGUCGGAAGAGAACGGGCAUUAGAGAGGAGAGAGUGGGGCGGAAGAGAACGGGAAUGAGAGAGGGAGAGAAGGGAGUGGGACGGAAGAGAACGGGAAUGAGAGAAUGGAGUGGGACGGAAGAGAACGGGAAUGAGAGAGGGAGAGGAGUGCAACGGAAGAAAACGCAGGGGUGGGGACGGGGAGUGAGAGACAAGGAGGGAGGGAGGGAGGGAGUGGGUAUAGGGAGAGCGUGGUGUCGGGGAGAGCGAGGAGGGAACCAGUAG